CCGCAGCAGUUUCACUUCAUUCUCCACAGAAUUCUGAAAAUCCUUUUCCUUCUGUGCCAUUUCAUUCUGAAAUCUUCGUAUAAUCUUGUCUUUUUGCUUUCUGGUCAAAACCUGUGUAGAUGGUUUGUGAGCAUGUUUGUGAACGGCAUUAGAGCUAGCUACCAUGGCGUUUAUUGCUAGCUUCACCUUGGCGCAGGGUAUAAAUAAAUAUGAGCAAUUCAACCAUGUUGUUGAUACCCAUUUCGAUUCAUGUCCGCAAAAAUAUCCAUUUUCGUGAUGAUUUGAACGCGCCGAUUCAGUGGCAAAUUGAACCUUUCCGUUUUACAAGGUGGAAGUUUAGCCUUACUUGUCGCAGGGAUAGAGGGAGAAAAGCGGGAUAACCAGCGGAAAAGGGCUAAUUGAAUUUGCAGUCAAUAGUGCAACAAGACAAAAUGGUGUUAGAAGCUACUAUGGUUAUCAUUGAUAACUCAGAAUACAUGCGCAAUGGUGACUACACGCCCUCAAGAUAUCAAGCGCAACUAGAUACUGUGGAGAUCAUAUUCAGGAGAAAGACCAAUUCAAACCCAGAAAACACGGUUGGAUUGAUGACUAUGGCAGGAGAGUCUUCUGUUGUUUUGAGCAAUUUGACGACAAACUACGGACAAAUCUUGAGUGGUUUACAUUCUAGUAAAAUCGAAGGACAAUCCAAUAUAGUUGAUGGUAUUCAAGUUGCAUGUUUGGCAUUGAGAAACAGACAAAACAAGAAUCAAAAGCAAAGAAUAGUUGUGUUUGUUGGAUCUCCCAUAAAGGAAGGAGUCAAAGAACUGAGCAGUCUAGCUGUAAAGUUGAAGAAAAACAACAUAUUUGUUGAUUUUAUAAAUUUCGGGGAACAGCAAGCAAAUACAUCUAAACUUGAAGAAUUCAUGAGCAUUAUUGACAGCGGUGAUAACCUGUCUCAUCUGGUUACAAUUCCUCAAGGUCCAUAUUUGUUAUACGAACAAGUCGAUAAGACAGCCAUUUUGAGAGAUCAAGACCAAUUGGAAAGCAUGCAAGAUGGAUUUGGUGAAUUCGGAGGUGCAUCCGGCGGCGCAGCAGAUGCCGGUUUUGGUUUCGGUAUGGAUGAUCCAAAUAUGGAUCCAGAACUUGCCAUGGCCAUCAGACUGUCUUUAGAAGAGGAAAAUACGAGAAAAGAAAAGGAGGCUGCAGCUGCUGCUUCAACCAAAGAAGAAGGACAGGAGAAGCCUGCUGGAAGCGAUGAGAAGAUGCAAGAAGACUAAUAGAUGGAUAGUUAAUUAACAUAGUUCGAUUGUAUAAAGCUAUAAAUAGUCGCCUAGCGAGUAAGUUUCAUAUCCGAAACGGGGAACAGAAGGCGACAUGAAUUUUGAGCGCAG